CGGGUAUUUAAUUAAUAUCAUAAUGUGACUAACAGGGAGGUCAUGUUGGAUCUACAUGCACAGAGCAUCUCGUGAACCCGGCAUUAGAAAUGGACCCCAGGCGCAGUUCUCAGGACGCCCAACUAUGUGACCUUUGUAAAAGAGUCCCCUUACAGAGUCAUUGUGAACUUUGUCAUGUAAAUCUAUGCAAGGCUUGUGUUGGGGAGCACCUCUCUGAUUCAUCUGAAAGACAUAAAGUUGUGAACUAUAAGCAAAGAAAAUUUACCUCUAACUUUUCAAAAUGCCCAAAGCACACCGACAAACACUGUGAACUUUACUGCGAGAAAUGCGACAUUCCUGUCUGUUCUACCUGCAUCUCAGAUAAACAUAGAGGGCACGUUUUAUGUGAUGUCCUGAAAAAACUCAAUUCUAAAACAAUAUGUCUACGAAAAGAUUUGGAAGAGCUAGAGACCAGAAUAUAUCCCCGAUAUGAAGAAUUUGCCACUGAUAUUCAAACUGAGAUAGCCGAGUUAGAAAUGAAUUACGGGAAUCUGACAAUAGCUGCUGACCAACAGGGAGAAGUCUGGCACGAAGAUAUCAACGCCAUUGUCAAUCAACGGAAAUCGGAUAUUGAGGAGAUGAAAAACGAACACCUGUUUACCCUGAAUAAAAACACAGAUGAAAUAACACAAAAAAUUACUGAACUCAAAAAGAUCAUGUCCGACUUGAAAUCCAUUCUAGAAUCAGAUGAUAUCUCCCUAACAUCUACUUACAAAUCUAGAAUUUCCGAGUUUAGAACAUUGCCUCCUAAAGUUACAGUACCAAGUUUCUCUUCUCAGAAAAUAAACAGAGAACAACUCAACGAAAUGUUUGGUUCUCUGUCACCAUUAGCCAUUAUAGAGAGAGAACAUGCCGACAACAUGAAGACACCAGAGGCUGUCUCGUCUCCUCCAGUCAAACCAAUGAAGACACCAGAGGCUGUCUCGUCUCCUCCAGUCAAACCAAUGAAGACACCAGAGGCUGUCUCGUCUCCUCCAGUCAAACCAAUGAAGACACCAGAGGCUGUCUCGUCUCCUCCAGUCAAACCAAUGAAGACACCAGAGGCUGUCUCGUCUCCUCCAGUCAAACCAAUGAAGACACCAGAGGCUGUCUCGUCUCCUCCAGUCAAACCAAUGAAGACACCAGAGGCUGUCUCGUCCCCUUUAGUAGGCUCAGUACAUAAUGAACCACGACUCAUCGCCACCACAAACACUGGGUAUGCAUAUCUAAACAGUGUUGCCUGUCUCAGCGAGGAAGAAGUUUGGACACGUGGGAAUGACAAAAUCAUGAAGCUCCUCGACCUCCAGGACAAACUACUGAAAUCAAUCGAAACCAAGUCAGGGAACUGGCCACAUGACAUAGCCGUGACACGGAAAAGAUAUCUUGUUUAUACUGAUAAUGAAGCAAGAACUGUAAACAUGGUGAAGAAGAAAAAGAUACAGAAGUUGGUCAGCCUACAGGGGUGGGAUCCUCUCAAUGUCUGCAGUACCGCCGCUGAUGAUAUCCUGGUUACCAUGGACAGUGAUGAUAGACAAAAAUCCAAAGUUGUCCGUUACUCUGGCUCCACAGAGACACAAUCCAUUCAGUUUGAUGAUCAGGGCGAACCUCUCUAUUCAACUGGUCGUUAUAACACUAAAUACAUCAGUGAGAAUAGGAACCUAGAUAUCUGCGUGGCUGACUGGACAGCUAAAGCAGUAGUGGUGGUCAAUCAGGCAGGUGAACUCCGAUUUAAAUACACUGGUCAUCCCUCUAAUACCAAUGAAUCCUUUAUUCCAGUCGGCAUCACUACAGACAGCCAGAGUCACAUCCUGACAACAGACUACUACAACAACUGUAUCCACAUCCUAGAUCAUGACGGACAGUUCCUCCGUUUCAUAGAUAACUGCGAGUUGUGGCGUCCAUGGGGUUUAUGUGUGGACAACAGAGAUAAUCUCUUUGUGGCAGAAUGUGACACUGGUAUAGUGAAGAAAAUCCAAUACCUAUAAACACGGUGUUAGUAACACAACUCAACAUUAUGUCGAUUACAGAUCUAAUUAACAAAAGGUCCUUGAGUCGCAUCGCUCUCACGAGACGUCAUGGCCCUGCUGUUGUUCAGCUGGAAUCAUUCAUUCUCUACCAGCCUGAUAUGAGUAUAAAUACGAAAACCAGUACUUUAUGCUUCGCCCUCAAAUACGGUCAUACCGUUUCUCGUGGACCAAAAAGUACACUCAACAAAAGAACUCAACUCUGACCUCCAAGUACGAGCUAGAUUACAGGAGCACGCCACCACUUCCAGUCAUCGAAUUACUUUCGGUAUAUAUCCCCCCCACUGAACUUAGGAUGACUGAAUCAGAAGAGAAUCUGAAAAUUACACGUGUUGAGUUUGAAAGUGCUAAAACGUGUUUGACUGAUUUAGUAUGUGACUGUCUGCAAUACAGCAAAUGUCACGUGACUGUCCGCAAUACAGCGAAUGCCGCCUAAGAGAGAGGGUCAUACAGGCCGGGCGACGUUGUCUGUGGGGUGGAGCUGCAGUGAUGUCGAUUAACAUCCAAACGAGGAAAAAUGUUGCAAGAGGCAUCGAUAGUCGCACGAAAGAAAACGAAAUUCAAAACAUGGAAAGGGGAACUUCAAAUAAAAGAUUGCAAUGGUGGAAACUCAAUCAUCUUUCAAGUACCCAGUAUCGAGAAGUACCGGUAUAUAGAAUAUUUUUGAUAACGGUGGGAUGUGCUUCACGACAAAUUAUCACCAACAAUGUUUAAUUCGUGUAAAACACUACAAAGGAAACCAUAACGAGGCGAUUAUCAACGACUUUAACCGUCCGACACCAUACCCCUCAACAAUGGUCUCGCGAAAUCAGAAACCCAAGGCACAUCGGAAAAAACCCCACCCCAUGAUAUCCCGGUCACUAAAAGAGCUUCCUGCCCCCCUCACCCGGUCCAAAAGGAAAAAAAACGCUAUAUAUACUGAUUCGUAUACAUUUGCAAGAUUUUAUCUUUUACUUUACGUUCAGUAUAAAAAUGUAUCCACCGAAAUACAAGUAUCAUAGUUCACAUUG